AUGUCGACCGCAUCUGGGUCGGCGAGCAACUGCCCGCGGUGGAGGGGGGUUUUCCACCGUUCUCGCGGCGGCAAGCAUGGAAGUCCCCAUCAGCAACUACGCCAACUUUUCGGUAAUUGCACACCGCGCGGCAACCGCAGGAAUGAUUCGGCGGCACAACCGCCAGCGCCGCCCGUUUCACUCGACUGCGAGAUGGUUGGUUGUGGCUUGGAUGGGAGCAUCAGUGCGUUAGCCCGAGUGUCGAUCUGCAAUGCGCACGGCGACGUUCUGCUGGAUGAAAUCGUUAAACCGGACAUGCGCAUCACGGACUUCCGCCAACAUGUGACAGGACUCUCGUGGGCUAUUAUACGAGACAGAGGAAUAUCGUUUGAAGCGGCGCGGACUCUCGUUACCGAUUUGAUCAGAGGGAAGGUUUUGGUGGGGCACGCCCUUCAGCACGAUCUGCAGGUUUUAGCCCUUGAUCAUCCGGUUCACAUGAUUCGCGAUACGAGCAAGUACAAACCGUUGCGCCCAGCAGGCAUGUCUCGCAACGCUGUCCCUUCGUUGAGGCGUCUGGCGGAAUCGUGGCUGAAUCGGGAGAUCCAGACAGGAGCCCACAGUUCCGUCGAAGACUGCCGCGCCGCCAUGGAUCUUUAUUUGAUGUUUCAGGCACAGUGGGAGCGGCAGUUCGUUGCUGUUACCCACGCUCAGGAACCUGCAGAUCCGCCAGUGGAAGAAUGUGCACGCAGGCCUGAUACGCUACAAGGGGCUCCUAAAUCGGAACAGUCUUCGCGCAAGCGUUCAAGGCCACACCACAGACAUCACCGUAAGGAUAUCUCAGAAAUGUAUGAUUCUGAUGACAGCUACGGCGACCCUGUGGAGGAAAGUGUCGCAAAGUUGCAUCAAGACCAUGCUUCUUCCCGAGGCGACCCCGGCGAUCAAGACACGUUGUGUCAGUUUUCCCAAAACAGAACCCGAGAGCACGAGCGGGGGGGCUCCGACCUCGGUAGUGGCACGAGAGAUUCUUCUGGCAUUGACUUUUCGGGCUUGACGAGGAAUCAGCGGAAGAGACUCAGGAAGAGGCUCCGCUCAGAGAACGCCGGUGAUCAGUGUGAACGGCAGGAGUGUAGAAAAUAG